GAUUCCUUCCAAGUGCUUUACAAUCGUAAUGGCUUGGCGCUUUCUCCUGAUAGUUCCCGUCCCUUCCCAUAUAUAACAGUAUAGAGUAGCAGCCGUGUCAAAGGCAAACUGCUUCACGCCUUCAUACUUGUACACAUUCAGUAAUAGGUUAGGUCAACAGUGUAGACACGAACACUUCCAAGCAGUGGGUGUCGUGUGAAGUAGAUAUAGUAGACAAAGUUAUAACAAAGGAUGAUUGAUUCUGCUUUACAAAUUAUCAGAGAAACCAAAUAAACUGGCGGGAAUGGAGAGGGAGGGAGGAGUGGCCGCUGUGUGGGGAUUUAACACACACGUGUUGGGAGGAUGUAUUGCACAGGUGUUAGCUGGUGGCUGUGUUGAAGGCGGGGGGGGGGGGGGGGAGAUAGUGGGAGGCUUGGUGUGCGUCACUUAUUGGCCUUGAGUUUACUGCUGCAGCGGUCCUCCCCUCCCUCCCUCCCACAGUGCUGACUGACUACAGUACCACUGCGAGGAGGGGCCCACGUAGCCUAGGAGCAUUCGUUGGCAUUCUUGAGACACGUACACGCAUCUAAAUGUGACUGGUUUUAUGAUGCUAAUUUCGCAGCCUAAAAUAUAUAAUGAACGGCCACUACAAAUCGGGUCUCGGGUUUAGGACUGAUUUCUUGCUGGAAGGUUCAGGGCGCAGUGAUGCAAUGUUAUGACGUGUCGUUAGUCACUGUUACUCCAGCAUUCCGUUUUCCUCCUCGCUUAAAAGUAUUUGUCAACGUUUUUGCCAGAAAAAACACCAAUGACGCCCUCUCACUCUCUUACACCAGUACUUCCCUCCUACCCCAUGCAUCCGCUAGUGAGGCUCUCACUAAAUUCAGAACCAGUGUAUUACAGGAUUACUUAAUGUCUUGCCACAGGAUAGCGGGAGUCAAUCACAGUCGACGGAAGAAGACAAAACUCCCUCCUACCUGACUUCCCUGACAUCAGACGACGAGCCAACACGUUACGACCCAGUCCCACCAGAAGUCACGCCCUGUGAACUGGGCUUAAGGUCGUCCCAACAGCGUGCAACAUCAGGCUUCGGCGAGUUAGUGGAUACCAGUGAAGCAGUGACGAGUGACUGUGGGUCCUCGAGCAUGCGCGGUGCUGACCCCUUGCACCGAACUGCAUCUCGCUUCAGCCGCCUUCACGAAGAAAGUGAAAUAGAAGGCAGCUUGCAAAGCAGUGACGAGGAUGACACUAGGCUUUCAUCCCAUGCAUCUGAAGCUUUCAUUGAUAUCGGCUUACAACCAGGGCAAGAUGACAACCCCUCACCUGGCCAACAUGAAGUCAAGAUGCUCAUCAAAAAGAUACAUUCCAUCAAGAAAAAAAUAAGGCGCUAUGAAGAAGAAUUUGAGGCUACCCACGGAUACCGCCCUUCACACAGCGAGAAAAUGAAGCACAGAAAAACUAAGAAAUACAUGAGUGAACUUAGCAUGGCCAGUAUAGAGCUCAAACAAAUGAAAGAUGAUGUUGAUGGUUUGAUGUUUGUACCCAUUGUGUUUCCAUUAUCACUUCUCCGGUGUCAAGAGUCGACCAACCCAAGUGUAAGAUCCAAUGGAACCGGGUCCCGUACUGCAGUCACCUUAAAACAUGUUGAAGACAGAUUACGAGAAAAGCGGUCGGCUUUAGGCCGGCCAGCUGAAUUACAGGACAUGAGUUCUGUGGAAAUGCAGGAAGAAAAAACAGACCUACAAAAGGCCCUUCUUUAUUAUGAGUCAAUUCACGGACGACCCACAAGUCGGGAGGACCGAGACUUGGCGAGGCCACUCUAUGACCGUUAUCGCCAAGUUAAGAGGAUUGUCAUGAGAGCAUAUAGAACAAGUGAAAAUCUUGCAGAAUUGCCUCCAAUUAUUGAACAUGUGGCUAUGGAUUUCACAUUAGCCUCACCUCAACAUCGCAGUUCCUUACAAGGAGAUGAAAUAGAAAAACUAAUACCAACAGCACCCACAACCCCUCCAGGCCUUGAAUCUCCACCCAUGUUUGAUCCUUCACGAACUGCAACCACUCGGAAGGAUGACCCAAAGGAUGACCCAAAGGAUGGGCAGCAGACAGUUGCACUCGGUGACCUCCAUGCUCUACCCCUAAAUGAACUGAGAGAAAGAAAGAAGGAAGCACGUGAAGAAAAGAAGAAAUUAAGACGGUCACUCCGAGAAUAUGAAGAGCAAUUUGAGAGAGAAAUGGGCCAUAAAGUGCAUAAAGAAGACAGAGGGCCCAUGGAACAGAUGUAUUUUGAUUACAAGCACACUAAGGCAAAGCUGAGGCUCCUUGCGGCUCUUCUAUCAAAACAUGAACCCCUGAAGUUCUCAAGGUUUGGCUAAAGUUUAAUCACCCUGUUAAGUCUCACACAGAGCUUAAAAGUAUUUAUAGGAAAACCAAAUGAUGCCCUUUAAUAUGUAACUGAUUGUGUGACUGUAUUGUGUAAGAUUGGUAGGCACCUCAGUUGAAGUGAACUUGUACUGUUCUGGUGUGUGGGUAAUGCAGGAGCUGAAAUGUUAUCAAAAUUACCAAUAAGGUUGAGUUGAAGGAUCUAUAAUGGGUUACAAUUUGAAUGGUUUAUUGGGGCACAUUGUGCCCAAUUGGCACAGUAUGAAAGAGCAAUGCUUAUUAGACAAGAGUCAACGUCAUUAACGGUGAAUAUGUUGUUGAUUCAAUGUCGAACCAACACAUGUUUAUUUUAAGAUGUUGUUCCCACUGGGUACAUACAUUGGCCAAAAAUGAUGUAAAUAAUGUAAUUAUGAGAUGCAUGUAUUAAAUAUGAUCUUUUCAGUUUGAUCAGGUUAGUGAAUUGCAACAAGUUUGUGCACUUUGACAUUUUCAGGAUGAAAAGAUGCUGUUCAAUGAGAGAUUUGUCUGGUUCAUUUAGACUCAAAUAUACAAAGGCUUUCAAAUACAGAAUACUUGAACUAUAUAUAUUCCUUGUGCUACGCAUUAAGGAGCAUUACUGAGCGUGUAUGGAGUUAGUAGUUCGUUAAAUGCUGUGAAACGUUUUUUACUGUAUAUACUUAGCAGUAUGUGUGUGUAAGAAUUAAUGGUGAUGAGUGGUUUGUUAUUGUUGUGGGUGUACUUCAGGGUUUUGUGAUGUCACCUUAGUUAUAAAAUCUAUACAUGGGUGUAGUUAUGAGGGAUGCUAAAUUAAAAAUAUUAGAGAGGUGUUAACUUAGUGAUGGAACAGGUUUAAGCAAUGAAAGUAUGUCAAAUUUGGUGAAUGCUGAUGAUAUAUAUUAAUCUUCAUAUAUAUCAAUCUCUUUAGCAGAUUGAGAGAGCUAUGUAGAUUUAAAUUAGUUAUCGUGUAUGGAAGACAAAGUGAAUGUGGCCGAGAGAAAAGGAAAUUGUGUGAAAUAUAUGUGAAUGGUAAAGUGGCAAUGGUGGUAGAUCAGUUUGAUGUAUGAUUGCUAAUGGGUUGGUGGUGGUGGGCUAAAAGCCUAUCAACUGGGAAAGGGUGAUAAAGGCCACCACAAUGACUGACACCAGAAAGUCUACUUUAGUCCUGAACAUAGUUUACGACCAAAGUAAACUGUGUAUACUCAAAGCAGGUUACACAGUGUAUAUUUGGUAUCAUAUGGAUUGCCAAUUGAUUAGUUUAUUUUCCACCACCUAUAUGGCCAGUUACAUUGUUAACCAUCAUGUAUAAUACUCAUAUUUUUAUUUAUACAAAAUAUUACACACACUCGCCUAUAUAUUUAAAAAACACUAAUCACAUGGAGUAAGUUAUUGACCAAUUAACCACAUAGAGCAGUGACUUGAUUAAUGCAUCUACAAUGGUUCUUCAGUUAUAAUGCUAAUCAAUAUCUACAGAUUAUUCAUUUUAGUUUGUCGUCCGUAGAAUGGUAUAGUUAUUUCUGUAUAGUUACCGAGCUCUCGCUCACAGGCGAUUGAAGUGUGUUUAAAUUAAAAUUUUCUUAUAUAUUGCAUAUGUUUUACAUAUUAAAUUUUGGGUACCAGUAGUGUUUCAGUAUUCAGUAAAUAUUUACAGUAUUCAACCUCUCAACCUACACGGGAGACAUCUCCCGUCACGCAGGGUGCAGUUGCGCCUCCACAGAUCUCCAGUAUCAUCUUUUGAUACUGGUAAUGGCUCAAAAGGGCCACCACUUACGGGCUAUUCAUACCUGUGCCACCUCUUGGGUGGCUUAAUCUUCAUCAAUCAAUCUCAACCUAGGGGGUCUGAAAUUGUCGAGUAUGGGGCAUUCAAAAAAUAUAAUGUCCAAGAGAAAGUACGUGUUCACUUGAUUUGGUCUUGGGCUAUUAAGGCUACCACAGUAGUUUACUAACCACCGGAGGGUUAUUAUAAUCCUGAAUGUAGUUCAGAAUGCUGGUAAACCUUAGUACACACACACAGGUGGGGUACCCCUCUGUGUACCCCACCUACACAAUAUAAGCAAUGGAUAGGAAAAACAAGAUGGGAAUAGCUGUAACCUGAGGUCAGUAUGGAGUAGUGGGCAUCCAUCAGUCUCGGGAGACUAUAGAGUUGUGCUGUGGUUGUCAGUCUGGAGUGGCCUCUCCAGGGCACAAAUCCAGGGUAGGUUGAUAUGGGGAGAAGCUGUCACCUAAGCAGGUCUUCCCUCUCCACGGUGCUGAAAGUCUCCAAUGGAAAGGCAAACACCAAUAAGAUUGGUUCCAGUGCUAUCGCAGGAACUGUCAGAACGAACUGCCCUAGGGGCUCCAGCUCAGGAGAUGGAGCUCCUAGGGAGUAAUAGUUUCCAAUUUCUCAUACUGUACAUGGUUACAAGAUGGUGUGUGGACAAAUUCAGUUAAAGUAGGAAUGGACAAUCUGAGAAACGUGUCAUGGUGUGGAGAACAGGGUAUGGAAUAGAAGUCAGAAAUGUGGCGUGCAAAGUUAGUAAAUUGCAAAAUAAAGAUCACAAUGAGAUGGUUUGGGCAUGUUGAAUGAAUGAAUGAAUGUAGACUAGUGGAGUUGUAUUCAAACUAAUUAGAUUAUAUGAGAAGACGGUCUAAGGCGUGAGAAUAACACAGGACAUGGUACCGGACAAAUUUGGCUGGAAGCAGUUUGUAAGGUGUAAAUAUAUUUGUAAUAUUAACAAUUCAUGAAGCACACAAGUACACCUGGUCCUAUAAAGCAGUGGGUUGCCACAGUGGAUGACUGCUGGAGUGUGCAGCCUGACCUUGCAUACAAAGACCCCAAGCUUGUUAAUCUAGCUGCCAAACCCCCUGUUUAUGAAAAGUGGUUUACGCAAAACUUACAACUGAUGUUCUGUAAGCACUUCCAGAACAAGUGCUUCACUCAAGUCCUCUGUUAAAACCACAAUUCUAUAAAUGCUUCACCCACGUACAGUUCUUCAAAUACAAAUAAUCUCCAACAAAACCUUAACACCUAACCUAACCUAUGCCUAGCUAUACAUAGAAUUUUUAUGUAUAAUAAUAAUAAUAGUAGUAGUAGUAGGCACCUAUCAGUAGUAGGUAUCCAUCAAAAAUGUAUAAUAAUAAUAAUAAUUUAUAUGAGAACAAACCAAUGUUAAAAUUGAUGAAUGCGUCUGGGAGGACGGCUGCUGCUAUGAACAGCCUAGUGUGAGGGCGGGUUGGAGUGUUGUAGUACUUAUCGGUGAUGCUAAAUAUAGUACUGUACUCUAUUGUAAAUAUAGUAAAUGGACAAAUAUACUGUAUAUAUAUAUAUAUAUAUAUAACAAAUAUAUACUGUAUAUGAUAUGAAUUAUAAUUUGGCCCUGGAGCCCAGCACUAAAUAGUUCUUAUUCAGAGCUUUUUUUUUUUUACCCCAAAUUAUAAUAAUUUUUUUUUCCACCCUGUGCUUAUCCUGUUUCCCCACUUGUUGGUUAGGGGAGUUAUAAGUAAUGAUAAUAUAUGCAUUAAGGUAUCUAUUUUCUAAACAGUGAUGUUUUGUCUUUUUGAAGUCUAAAAUUUCUGCUUUCUGAAGAAUUGCCCAUAACAAACUGUGUAGUGACUCAUUAAAAUAUACAAAAGACAUGCAGUAAUAUUCAGGUGAUUAAAAUGGUCUGGACUUAUCUGCAUUGAUGCUUCCAAAUAUAUUUUAUCCAUAUAAUUGCUGAACUGUGCUAAGUGUAAGGUACCUGAAUUUAGCAUUAAGGUACAGUAGCUGUUUAGACCAUGGGGCAUGAAAUCUUUGAAUUUUUUUAUGUAUAUGUUUUGACAACUAUACCCCUUGCCCUUUGUUUGAGACGUGUAUAAGUUGUUGCAGACGACGAGUCACAAUAUCGUGGUUGAAGAAAUGAAGACUAAACCACACACAAGAAGAUGAGAUGAGGACGUUUCGGAAUGUCCUGGAUCACUAUCAAAUUAAUUGUGUUGAUAUCAAGAAGACAGAAAUGUCGUAGUCUCCUCAUCUUCUGGUGUGUGGUUUGGUCAUCAAUAAAUUAUUUGAUUAAGGGCAUGCAGGACAGUGAAGAGCUCUCCUCGUGGUCUAUUACACACAAUGUAUUCACUUGGCAGUUAUACACUUGUUUUGUGAAUUUCUGUUUCCAGAUAUAUUUUUCAUGCUCUAUCUCUAGCACUUGUCUCUUUUAAUACCAAAACUUAUAAAUCAUCAGAUACCUGAUGCAGUUCUCAAAAUUUAUAUAUUUAUUUAUAAACUACAGUAUAACAUUAUGACUGUUUAUCAGACCAUUUAUGUACUCUAUAAAAUUUACAAUAAAUAUUUUCUUAUGC